CCUGCAGCAUGAAGACGCAACUGUGGAAACACCAAAGCUUCCUCUUGCUUUUCCUUUUCCCAGUGCAGGUUCUGGGGUUAGAUGACGACAGCCGGCCCACCGCGGAUAUCUGCUCAACCCACACGAUUCUAUCCGGACCCAAAGGAAAUGAAGGCGAAAAAGGAGAUCCAGGAGAAACGGGAAGGCAAGGAAAAGUCGGCCCUACAGGCCCUAAAGGAAGCAAAGGAGUAGUCGGAGAUACUGGCGACCAGGGAGCGAUGGGUAAAAUUGGCCCAAUCGGCAGAAAGGGUGACAAAGGACUGAAGGGUUUAUCUGGCAUUUCUGGAGUAAAGGGCAAAGCAGGUGCUGUCUGUGAUUGUGGGAGGUAUCGCAAAGUCGUUGGACAACUGGAUAUUACCGUCGCUCGACUCAAGUCAUCCAUGAAAUUUGUUAAAAAUGUGUUGGCAGGAAUCAGGGAAACCGAAGAGAAAUAUUACUACAUCGUGCAAGAGGAGAAGAGCUACAGAGAGGCUCUCACGCACUGCAGGAUCCGAGACGGGAUCCUGGCGAUGCCAAAGGAUGAAGCCGCCAAUGCCGUCAUCUCCGAUUACAUCUCCAAGAGCGGUCUUUUCCGAGUCUUCAUUGGAGUGAAUGACCUGGACCGAGAGGGCCAUUUCAUGUACGCUGACCGUACCCCAUUGCAGAACUACAGCAACUGGAAGGAAGGGGAACCUGAUGAUACCUCCGGACAGGAAGACUGCGUGGAAAUGCUCAGCACGGGAAAGUGGAAUGAUACGGAAUGCCAUCUAACUAUGUUCUUUGUCUGCGAAUUCCCAAAGAAGAGAAAGUAGGCAUCCGCAGGUGCCCAGAAGUGCCCUGUGAGGUCACUCUGUGUUGAUCAGCUAUAGAGUCCAGGCGCAAAGCCUGCUUCCAGGGUAAUGACUUCAUUAUAGCAGUAUAAUUGUAUGCUACAAUCCUAAAUCAUGUCACUUGCGUAUGAAUAAAAGUUUUAGUAACGCAGCUUAAGUCCUUUCCCUUCGCACUUGUGCCAAGACCCUGAAUUAAAUCUCUGUCGCUUUCAAGCUUCUAGACCUCACUGUUGACUCCCCCUUUAUCUCUCCUUCUAUCUUCAAUCUGCACAACCUCAUUUAAAAUAGUCACAUACCUGAGUACAGACAAUCACCAGCAAAU